AUGGCCGAGUCCCCUGCUUGCUGCUCCAUCUGGGCCCGCAGCAUCCACUGCCUGUACAGCUGCCACUGGAGGAAGUGCCCCAAAGAAAGGAUGCAAACCAGCCAGUGUGAAUACACGUGGUGUGGCCUGGUCUUCCUCACCUGCCUCCUCUCCCUGGGCUGGCUGUACAUCGGACUCAUCCUCCUCAAUGAUCUGCACAACUUCAAUGAAUUCCUGUUCCGGCACUGGGGACACUGGAUGGACUGGUCCCUGGCACUUACUCUUUUUGUCUCUCUACUGGUCACAUAUGCGUCCCUGCUAUUGCUCCUGGCUGUGCUCCUGUGGCUGUGUGGCCAGCCUCUGCACCUGUACGGUGUCCACAAGGUGCUGCUGCUCCUCACCGCACUCCUCAUAUUCCUGGGCCUGGUGGUGCUGGACAUCCGAUGGCAGCAGGAGUGGCUCAGCGUGCGCCUGUCACUGUGGGCCACAGCGCCGUUCCUUCACAUCGGAGCCGUCGUGUGCGUCACCCUCCUGGCCUGGCCCGUGGCUGAGAACUUCUAUCGUCUCCACAGAAGAGGUCAAAAGAUUGCGCUACUGCUCCUGUUUUUCACAAUGGUCCUGGCCAUCUACCUGACCCCCCUGUGCAUCUCCUCACCCUGUAUCAUGGAGCCCAAAGACUUACCCUCCAAGCCUGGGCUGGUCGGACACCGAGGGGCCCCCAUGCUGGCCCCCGAGAACACCCUGAUGUCCCUGCGGAAGACAGCAGAAUGUGGAGCUGCCGUGUUUGAGACUGACGUGAUGGUCAGCUCUGAUGGCGUCCCCUUCCUCAUGCACGAUGAGCGCCUGAGCAGAACCACAGACGUGGCCUCUGUGUUCCCAACCCGAGUCACUGCCCACAGCAGCGACUUCACCUGGGCUGAACUGAAGACACUCAAUGCCGGGACCUGGUUUCUACAGAGGCCACCCUUCUGGGAAGCCAAGCAGUUGUCGGGCCAUGACAGGAAAGAGGCUGAGAGUCAGACAAUACCGACCUUGGAAGAAUUAUUGAAGGAAGCUGCUGUCCUCAACCUUUCCAUCAUGUUUGAUUUGCGCCGCCCACCACGAAAUCACACGUACUAUGACACUUUUGUGAACCAGACACUGGAGACUGUGCUGAAUUCAAGGGUUCCUCAAGCCAUGGUCCUUUGGCUGCCGGAUGAAGAUCGGGCUAAUGUCCAACAACAGGCACCCAGAAUGCGCCAGAUAUAUGGACAGCAGGGAGUCAACAGCACUGAGAGGCCCCUAUUUCUGAACCUCCCUUAUCAAGACCUGACACACUUGAAUAUAAAGGCACUGCAUGAGGAUAAUGUCUCGGUGAACCUAUUUGUAGUGAACAAGCCCUGGCUCUUCUCCAUACUCUGGUGUGCAGGGGUGGAUUCGGUCACAACCAACGACUGCCAGCUGCUACAGCAGAUGCAUUACCCCGCCUGGCUUAUUCCCCCUAAAACCUACCUAAUGAUCUGGCUUGUCAUCAACUGCGUCUCUGCCCUGCUGAUUUUGUGGCUCUUCCUUCUCCGUGGGAGAUGUGCUGAGAAGAGACAGAUAACUGGCUCAGAAACAACCGUGCUGCUGACCAGGAUCAACAAUUUCAUGAGGGAAUGA